UAUUAACUCAGCUGCCUGCUGUCCCUGCAGCUGCCGUCGAGGCCUGCCUGGGUCACCUGCUGAAGAGACGAGCUGCUGGGUUUCUCCGCAGCGACAAGAUCGCAGCCCUCUUCACCAAGGUCGGCAAAGUCUGCGACACCGCCGGCGAGGUUUGCCGUAAAGUGCAGGAGCAGCUCCAGCAGCAGGCUGAUCUUACCAGGAGAACCCAGAGCGUGGGCCACGAACCCCUGAGGAGACAAGGCUCUUCCACCACCAGCCGGCCCCCUCAGCCCCUCUCCGCCCAGGCCAUCAAACACAUCUGGGUCCGCACGGCUCUCUUCGAGAAAGUUCUGGACAAGAUUGUGCAGUACAUUGUGGACAACUGCAGUAAAUACUAUGAGAGGGAAGCUCUGAUGCAUGACUCAGUCUUUGGGCCCAUCUUGGCAGCCCUACUAGUGGGGCCGUGUGCUCUGGAGUACACGAAGCUGAAGACUUCGGAUCAUUUCUGGACAGACCCCUCAGCCAAUGAGCUGGUUCAGCGCCAUCGUAUUCACGGGGCCCACCGCGGCCAGGACGUCUUAGCCGGCCACCGGCCUGCUCUGGGGAUCCGCAAAAGGCAGUCGAGCGGCAGCAUGUCAGAGGACAGGUUUGCUGCAUCAGCGAGGGAGUAUGUGGAGUCUCUUCACCAAAACUCCAGAACGCACCUGCUCUAUGGCAAAAAUAAUGUCCUUGUGCAACCGAAGAAGGACAUGGAGGUUUUACGGGGUUACUUGUCUCUCCAUCAAGCGGGGGAUAAUCUCACGCUGAAGUGGACACCCAAUCAGCUCAUCAAUGGCACACUGGGAGACUGCGACCUGGAGAAGAGUAUCUACUGGGAUUACGCACUCACUGUUCCUCUGCGCCAGAUAGUAUGCAUCCACUGUCACCAACGCUCUGACUGUGGGGGACACUGGUUCUGGUCAGUCAGGAUGGGAUCCAGCGGCCACCCCUGCACUUUCCCCCUGGGUAAAGUAUUCCCUAAACUGAGGAAGAGGAGUAGUGCCGCCAGGCUUAUCGACCAGGAAGCCAACGGCGAGGAGCAGUCGGCCGCCGACUACGUGUUUCGCAUCGUCUACCCUGGAUAUCGAUACGAAGCCAUCACUAUAAACUACCACCACACCACGGGCAGCCGCGCGCCAUCGCUGGAUGAUGACGAGGAAGAGGAAGAUAGGCUCCAUGCUAUGAUCUCAAUGAUCUGCUCGCGGAACCUCACAGACCCUAAUGUCAUGAAAGGCCCUCUCCCCUCCACCUCCCAACCCACCCGUUCCAGCUUCGUCUGCCUGUGUAUGUUCUCCCGACUCCGAGCCCAACAGUGUAGCAUGGGCUAG